UUCAGCGGCAGACUGACUAUUCUGCUUCAGCAAACUCAGCAAAAAGUAAGUACCUGUUUCCCAGCAAUUUCCUCAGAGAUCACAUGAGGGCUGAACAAAAUAAAAUGGGAAGCAUAACAACAGUGGGCAGCACUCCUUUGGCUUUGAGGCUUCCUGAAGACAAGCGAGCAAAGAAAAGCCAUGAGCACCAUUUCCAAGGAUUCCUUGAAGACUUCCCUGCUGCAAUUAGAAUGUCAUUUUACGUGGACUUUGACGAAGGAGGAUAUAGGUCUUGAGACACUAGAGGAAACUAUACUUGAUCAUAUCAAGUUUGUUGAAGAAUGCAACAUUACAGAUUAUAAUAUACUCUCCUAUGUAUGUCACCUAAAGAAUUCAAAUGAGGAAGCCCUGAGAAAUCUCCAAAAAGCCGAAGAAGCUAUUCAGAAACAUCAUCCAGGUGAAAUUGCCAGGAGAAGUCUUGUUACCUGGGGCAACUAUGCCUGGAUCUAUUACCACAUGCAGAGAUACAAAGAAGCUCAAACUUACGUAAGCAAAGUGGAAAACAGCUGCAAAAAGCUUUCAAGUACAGUUCAUGGGAAGAUUCAGCUUCCAGAGAUCUAUGCUGAGAAAGGAUGGGCAUUAUUACGCUUUGGGAAGAAAUAUUUUGAGAGCGCAAAGAAUUGCUUUGAAAAGGCUCUGAAGAGUGAGCCCAAUAACCCAGAUUUUACUGCUGGCUAUGCAAUUGCAAUGUUUCGUUUGGUAAGUUUCACUGAGAUGAGCGAUGAAGAGAUGAGGCCAUGCCUUGAGGCCCUGAAGCAGGCAGUGGAACUCAAUCCAAAUAACACGACCCUUCUGGCAUUACUUGCAUUAAAACUUCAGCAAAUAAAACAAGGUAAUGAAGGGGAGAGGUACAUUGAAGAAGGACUGCAGAAAACCCCUGACUUUCCUCUUUUCCUGCGAUAUGCUGCCAGUUUUUACAGAAAAAAAGGAGAAAUUGGCAAGGCAAUGAGUAUUUUGAAGAGGGCCCUAGCACUGACACCGAAUUCUGUCGUUGUGCAUCAUCAACUAGGACUCUGCUACAAAUUCAAGAUACUUCAACUGAAGAAGGAAAGAUACCCACCUCAAGAGGAAGUGGACAAUCUCAUGCAGCUUGCCAUUUUUCAUUUAAAAACAGUGAUACACAAAAAGCCAGUAUAUUUUACUGCUUAUUGUGACCUAGGAAACAUAUAUGCACUAGGUGAGAGGUAUGAAGAAGCAGAGGAGAUAUUUCAGAGAGUGCUUCAGAUAAAUGAUAUACCCUGUGAUGACAAGCAAGAAAUCUACUUCAGUUAUGGCAAUUUCCAGCAUUUUCAAAUGAAGUCAGAUUCAAAAGCCAUUGAGUAUUACAUAGAAGGUCUGAAAAUAGAAAAAGAUUCCUAUAGAAGAAAACGGUGCAUUGAAGUGGUGGAGAAAUUGUUGAAACAGAAAAUUGAGCAUGGUUUAGGACAUGCCACAGAUUUUGGAAGACUUGGAUUCGUUCAUAAGCUAAAUGGUAGGAAACAAGAAGCAAUUGAAUGCUACGAGAAAGCCACUGCUUUGGAUCCCAACAAUGAAGACUAUGUGAAUGCAUUAGCUGAGCUACAACUUUCCAUCUCAUGUUAAAGCUGACAAAAAUCAUUGUUUAUCUAGUUCACUGAAAAUCUUACAAAAUUUGUGUCAUUGUUGUGAACUGCUAAAGUCUGUUGAAUCCAUCAACUGUUGUUUCUGAGUAUCUCUCUGAUGACCAGCCUUGAUGUGAAUAGAUUAAGUAAAGAGAAACAGACAUUCAAAAAAGUAAGAAGGAUAGAACUUUUGUAGGAUGCAAAAGGCUGAGAUGACAGCCCCAUUUAUUUUCCCUGAGCUCUCAGCAAAGCUGGCUCCAGAUGCCUUGCACCAAAGAUUUAGAGUGUGCACAGAACAUCAACUGUCCAGUUUACCCAAAACACCCUAUCAGGAGCCACAACAGCAAACAUCUAGAGAGGCAGUCUUUGAGAUGCCAAAGAGACGGCGGUGGCCAUGCUUGUGAAACAAGCCAGGGAGAGCAAACACACACAAGAAAUGACCUGGACUGCUGUGGUGGUUUGUAAAGAUUUCCUGAAAUUUUUCCCUGCUGAGACCUGGGCAGCUUCCUGUGAACUUGACAAAGACCAAUCAGUGUCUGAUUUUUAAUAUUGACAUAUUGUUAGACCAAU